AUGCGCGGACGGAGGCCGGGUGCCGCUUUGAUGCUGCGGUGGUGGGCUGUGAUCUUCCUGUGUCUAUCUGCGGCGCUGGCCGUCCACCUGCACAUCCGGCUGGCCAUGCCCGAGGCCGUUGAGGACGUGCUGCUGGCGCUCGAGACGAGGGGGGUCAGGUUGUCUCCGAAGUACCAGAAGAAGUUGUGGUUGGAAGAUUUGGACGGUGGCGUGAACAGUUUUUUUCACGCUGGAGAUCCCGAGACUUAUUCGUACCAGGUUGCGUUGAACGAGUCGCUGGAGUUGGGUUGGAGGGAUUACAAGUACUGGAUGCGCUACUUGAACGAGGGGACGGAGAUUCGAGUGGGGAUAUCUUGGGACCAUGGUGGCCCGUUGAGGUUUCGGGUGCUGAGGGUUGAGUCUGCAUCGGGCUUUGACGGGUCGGCGUGGCCGGAUUUCGGGGGUCGCGAGGUGCUGGAGGUGGAGGGGGUGAGCCGGAUUGAGGUGAGCUGGAGGGCGCCCAGAGGGGGUCACUACGUCUUUGCGGUUUGGAGUGUUGCGAACGAGAAGGCGGGAGUGCCGUGGCAGCCUCGCGAAGAAGUGUUUAGAGUGGUGGCGGUCGAGUUCGAGUUUUGGCUCGUACAGUACGACAUAAGCGGUGCGUACGACCGGUUUCUCGGGUCGUUUUACAAGACGUUGAACGCAUCGCUCGACGACUGGGUGGUAUUCGUCAACCCCGAGUCGGACAGGGUGUUGAGGAUCAGGUACCAGGUUGCUCCGAGGAGAGAGAAAUUCGUUGGCGCGUUUUUGUUGUACCAAGGUCUUUUGGGUUGCGGACUGGCGCUCUGUUACGCGGCGGAGCAGCACCCUGAGCCGCGCGAGGACGAGCGCGAGAAAGUGGGGGCGAUGGGCGAUAAAGAGGAGCAGGCGGUUGGACGCGAGUUGAGCUCAGAGGAGGAGGAAGCGCGCGAGUGCGCGAGGUACGACUUCGAAAUCUGA